AUGUAUAAUUUAUCUCCAGCCGUUCGACGUCUUCUCGAUCGAAAAAUUCUUCAAGAGUCGUCGAAUCCAUUGAAUUUAUUGAAGAGACGAGUAGUUGACUAUGUUCAUCACACUUAUAGGAAACCUGGAAAUCGCUCGCCACUCUUCACAAUAUGCGAAUCCGAGCCACGUGUCGUCACCACUUUUCAGAAUUUCGACUCGUUGCUCACACCGGAUGAUCAUGUGUCGAGACGCCCAUCCGACACGUACUACGUGAAUCGUGGUCACUGUCUACGCGCCCAUACGUCCGCCCAUCAACACAAUCUGAUGCAACAGGGAUUAGACGCAUUUCUGGUGAUUGGAGACGUCUAUCGGAGGGAUGAAGUCGAUCGGACACAUUAUCCAUGUUUUCAUCAGUACCCCAGAGAUAUGAGAUUCUGGAUUCAGUUACAGUACCCCCAAGAUCUGAGAUUCUGGAUCCAGUACAGAUCCGUUUAUAGGAUCUGCUACAGUAACCCAGGAACAGUUUCCCCGAGAUCUGAGAUUCUGGAUCCCGUUACAAUAGAAGGUGUCCGUCUCUAUUCGAAAGACGAUUUGCUCGGAAAGAAACCCGACGGCUCCAACGCCGCCGAUCUCUUCACACCGACUCCAGACACCAAACGAAUCCCCGAAAAACAGGAAACCCACUCGAUCGACGCCACGAAAGCCACCGAAAUUCAAUUGAAACAGUUUUUGGAGAGUCUCUGCGAUGAGUUAUUCGGAAAAGACGCCGAAAAACGAUGGGUCGACGCCUACUUCCCGUUUACGCAUCCAUCGUGGGAGUUGGAGGUAUUCUACAAUGGACAAUGGCUGGAAGUGCUCGGAUGCGGUAUAAUGGAACAGAAACUUCUGGAAUCCGCCGGUGUCACCGAUAAAAUCGGAUGGGCGUUCGGAAUCGGAUUGGAACGAAUUGCAAUGGUUUUGUAUGGAAUUCCGGAUAUUCGGUACGCGAGAAUUGGACUCCUCAUUAUUCUGGUCGAAAGAUUCGGGUUUCUUGUCUCAAUUCGCUGGAAAACUGCCGGAGACGAUGUGAAGUAUAAACAGAUUAGUUCACAUCCACAGGUAAUCUUCGACAUUUCGUUCUUCUUGCCGGAAUCCACUCAAUUCAACGAUAUGACUUCUGAUGUCUAUGAUACAAUUCGAACGAUCGGAGGAGAACUCGUCGAACAAGUCAAAUUGACUGAUGAAUUCGAGAAUAAGAAGAAAGGAAAAAAAGAGUCAAACGUAUCGAAUCGUCUACCGUAG